GUGGGGAGAAGGAAGGAGUUGAGGUUGCGCAUGCGCGUGGGUCGCACGGGAAGUUUGCUUUCUAUUUAGGAAUCGAGCGCCGGAGCGGCGGCCGGUGUUCUAUUGUCGUCAGGGAAACCAGCAGCCGGUUUUCACCAAUCACACAGAUUCCAGAGCCAGACCUGCCUUCAUCGACUGCCCCUUCUGGCCUUUGUAAAGUGGUGAGAAGAUGGUGAAUGUCCUGAAAGGCGUUCUUAUAGAAUGUGACCCAGCCAUGAAGCAGUUCCUGCUGUACUUAGAUGAGUCAAAUGCCCUGGGAAAGAAGUUCAUCAUACAAGAUCUGGAUGAAACUCAUGUUUUUGUAUUGGCCGAGCUGGUUAAUUUCCUCCAGGAGAGAGUGGGCGAGUUAAUGGACCAGAACUCUUUUCCUAUUACACAGAAGUAAGAGUCUAGGAAAGUGAGGCUGGAAUUUGCCACUCCAAAAUUACAAGCAAUAGAUGUGGAAUUGAUUCUAUUAUUCUUCAAUGUCCAUGGCUGAGGAAGUUCUAGACAAAAGUGGUUACUCAAAUGGAUACUUUCCUUAUUAAAUACUCUUAAACUGAAUUUGAUUUUUCUCAUUUUGAGAUAUGCUCUUGAAUAAAAAUAUACUUUUCAGAGUUUGCUAGCCCAAAUGAUUUUUGAUGCUUACCUUCUGGUUUAGAAAUAUUAAUGUUCCUUUAACCAGUUCCAUUUUUUAUUUUCAAAUGAUCUGACUUCAAAACACACAAAGAAGUACUGUUUCUUAUUUAUCAUGUUGUGUUUAGAAUUUUGUGUGGGCUUCAUCUUCUCUCAGGAGUGAGUUGAGCAGAUUACAGAGUAAUAGAUUUUUAACUAAAGCUUCUUUAUUAAAAUGUUACAUUCUGUGACUGAUAAAAAAAAAAUUCCUUGCAAGUUAAUAUAAAAUACUUUGAUCUUACUUUAAAAGUUUUUAUAUAACAAUAUGAAACAUUUUUUCUCCUGUUUAAGCUCAUUUAUGUACCUAUCAAUCAUUUUCUAGCAUAGCUUUUCUCUAAUGUAGUACAUAAAUUAUUGUUGUGUUCUGUAUUUUUUUAUAUUUAACAUUUAAAUGAAAAACAGACUACACAGAUUGCAAUUUAGAUGUAAAGGGUUACUCAGCUGAAUAUGGGUAACAGUAAUUAUAGAGAAAUAUGCCUGCAAAUGAUGGACCAGUACCAUAAGCCUGUAAAAAUAAAGCAAAUUCAGCAGAAGUCCUAAGAGUAGUUACUACAUACCUAGGAUGAGCUGCAUAAACAGGAGGAAAUGGUAAAUCUGUGUUUUGGCUACGUAAGGAAAAUAAGUUUUCUUAACUUUUUCUUUUUUUCCUCAAGGGAAAGCCUCCCAGAAAUUCUCCUGCAGUGCAGAAAUUAGUUUGAAUUAAUAAGGCCCCUUCCAGACUUGGCCUAUCCACCAAGUUAAGAUUGCAUACAUAAUGGCAUCUGUUGAGAUUUUCAUUAAAAACAUAGAGACUAUCUAAAACAGAGAGGAAAUUACUGUGAUAUAAAGUACUGUAUGACACACAGGUCUGUCAGUGAUUUCCCCAACCACACUACUCAAGAUAGAAAAUAACAAAAUAGUGCCUUCUGUAAGACUUAGAAGUGAUUAUUUGUGAAUGCAGGAGUAUGGGGAUAUUGCUGCCAAAGAUGAUUUGCUUGUAACCGGUUUCUUCUGAAAAUCCUCUGUCCUAUUAAGAACAAUUAAAUGCAUGAGAAGAC